AUGGACGCUAUGGAGUCCACUUCGCCAUACUCGCCGCCGGCGGUGCGCCACAAGCUGCGGACCGCCGUGUGCGGCUGCUUCGGCUCGCCAUCGUCACCCGGCAGCCGUGGGGAGAGGCCGCAUAGUGGCGGAAGGGCCAGGUGGAGGCGACGCGUGGUGGCCGCGGGGGAGUUCAGGUACGACCCGCUCAGCUACGCGCUCAACUUCGACGACGGCGCGGAAGCAGAGGAUGCGACCUACAUGUACAGGAACUUCAGCUCGCGCCUGCCGCCCUUGCCGGUGCCGGCCUCCCGAGCCGUCGCCAUGGCCCUCUGUCCCUCUGAAUUUUCUUCUUCACUAUGUAAAAGCAGUUUAUACCACCGGGGAAAUCGUACGUAG